UCAGACACCCUGCUGUCAGCUCCGCUCAAUGUGACCAUCAGAGAGCUCGAGGUCAACUCCGCCGUGGUGACAUGGGAGAUCUUGGAGGGAGACCCCGUCAUUGGAUUUGCCAUCACCCAACAGAAGAAGGAUGUACGAAUGUUGAGGUUCAUCCAGGAGGUGAACACCACCACACGCUCCUGUGCACUUUGGGAUCUGGACGAGGACACCGAGUACAUCGUCCACGUCCAGAGCAUUAGCAUGGGAGGAAGCAGCCCCCCCAGUCAGCCCGUGCUAUUCAGAACGCCUAAAGAGUCAGAGAAGAUGGCGUCCAAGAGUCCUGACGAGGUGAUGAUGGAGGAGGUUGGUCAGGCUGCCCAGCUGAGGGCCGGAGAACUCAUCAUCAUUGUAGUGGUGCUCAUCAUGUGGGCAGGGGUGAUCGCCCUGUUUUGUCGCCAGUAUGACAUCAUCAAAGACAACGAGCCCAACAACAACAAGGACAAAGCCAAGAACUCCUCAGAGUGCAGUACUCCUGAGCACCCACAGGGGGGGUUACUGCGCAGCAACGUCUAAGACCAGCCCUGCAC